CUUCAUUGCUGCGGUAGUGCAGUGGGUUAAACCAGGAGCCCUCAAACUUUUUAAGCAGAGGGCCGGUCCACAAUCCCUCAGUGUUGGGGGCGGACUAUAGUUUGAAAAAAAAACCCAAACAAAUUCCUACGCACACUAUACAUGUUUUAUUUGGAGUGCAAAAAACCCCCCACAAAAAAUGCAAUAUUAAAAAAUAAGAACAAUUUUAACUAAAAUAAACCUACAGUAGAGUCUUGCUUAUCCAACAUAAAGGGGCUGGAAGAACGUUUGAUAAUAAGGAGGGGUUAAGGAAAAGCCUAUUAAACAUCAAAUUAGGUUAUGAUUUUACAAAUUAAGCACCAAAACAUCAUGUUGUACAACAAAUUUGACAGAAAAAGUAGUUCAAUACGCAAUAAUAUUAUGUUGUGUAAUUACUGUAUUUACGAAUUUAGCACCAAAAUAUUAUGAUAUACUGAAAACAUUGACUACAAAAAUGGCUUGGAUAAUCCAGAAGCUUGGAUAAGCGAGACUUGGAUAAGAGAGACUCUACUGUAUAUUGAAAACAUUGACUAAAAAAAAACAUUGGCUACUAACAAAUUGACUACAAGAAAAGAUAGAAUUGCGUAAAAUGAACUUGCAGUAACAACUGUCGAAAAUUAAAUCUGUAAAAAGUUAAGUCCUUGCUGCUUAGAGAUCUGAGCGGGAGACUGUGUUGGAUAAUCCAGAAACUUGGAUAAGCGAGUCUUGGAUAAGUGAGACUAUGUUUAAGGUACCUCACAACCUCUGAAGAUGCCUGCCAUAGAUGUGGGUGAUGGCCUUCUGGAACAUGGCCAUGCAGCCUGGAAAACACACAACAACCCAAUAAUAAUAAAAAGGUGUUGUCGAAGGCUUUCAUGGCCGGGAUCACAGGGUUGUUGUAUGUCUUUCGAGCUGUGUGGCCAUGUUCCAGAAGUAUUCCCUCCUGACCUCUGAGGAUGCCUGCCAUAGAUGUGGGCGAAACGUCAGGAGAGAAUACUUCUGGAACAUGGCCACAUAGCCCGAAAGACAUACAACAACCCAAUAAAUAAAAAGGUGUUGUGACUUUGAGAGUGAUGAUCCCUUAUUUAGGAGGUUAUUUGCUUAAGCCGUAAUGAUAUUUGGGUCAACUUUCUGCAUACUUCCAGGUGCAUCCUGUCUACAUAGAACUAUGUUUCAUCCACACUUAUUGAUGCAAGUGCAUCUUUUCUAUGGCCAUUAUUUUGAUAGGAAUAGUGACCUAGUCUAUGCAGUGAAUUACGUAUUAUUAUUUUGCAGCAAAGCAAUGAUUGGGUCUGUGUUUUAAAACCUGAACGUAUUUCACAUAGCAAUAACUCUGGAACGAUUCCAAAGAUUAGAAGUCAAAAAUCUAGAUCCGAUUGCUGCCAAUAAGCUUGCUUUCUUCUCUUGUGCAAAUCAGCUGCCCUCUAGUGCCGUUGACUGGGUCCUACAAUGGACAUUUGACCAUCACCCUCCAUGUCACAACCGUGUUCUUUAUAGGCAGAAUUAUCUCUGCAUUAACAGAUAACCUUUUCUGCCUCUUGUUACAAGGCAUAUAAAGCACUGUGUGUAUAUAUUUUUUCUGCUGUCAUUGGCUUUCAGCUAUGAGUCCUGACUAUAUUGCUCAAGCGAGUAAAAUUCUGUAGCAGAAAUGGGCAUAAAUUGGAAUAGAAAUACACAAAAACCAGUUGCAGAACAUAUUGAUCUUCCUGGACAUUCAAUCUAAAUGCUACAAAACGCAUUGUAUAUUGUGUGAUACUAUAAUUGUCAUCAUUUUUUGAAUACAGCCAGCAUGGUUUGAGUAUUGGACUUGAAUUUGAAUCUCACUUGCGAUGAGUGAGCUUGGGAAAGUCACACUCUCUCAGCCUCAGAGGAAGUCAAUGGCAAUAUGAAGACCAUAAAACUAUUAAACAUCAGUAUUAAAUAUGAUUCAGAUUAAAUCCAUAAAAUAUCAAAUAUUAAAACUAUUAAACAUCAUUAGCAUUAAAACAAUGCAGAUUAAAUCCAUAAAAACAUCAAAUAUUAAAACUUAAACAUCAUUAGCAUUGAAACAAUUCAGAUUAAAUCCAUAAAAACAUCAAAUAUUUAAAACUAUUAAACAUCACUAGCAUUAAAAACAAUUCAGAUUAAAUCCAUAAAAACAUCAAAUAUGAAAACUAUUAAACAUCAUUAGCAUUAAAAACAAUUCAGAUUAAAUCCAUAAAAUAUCAAAUAUGAAAACUAUUAUGCAUCAUUAGCAUGAAAAACAAUUCUGAUUAAAUCCAUAAAGAUAUCAAAAUAUAAGUAGUUUUUAUUGAGGUUUUAAGUAAAGUAUACAUCGAAAGUGUGAACAUAAUUUUUCAUAGAAAAUGAGGGAAAGUGAAGGGACAAAAGAUAAAAGACAAAAAAGAUAAAAAAGUAAAGAGAAAAAGUUCUAGGUAUAAAAUAUCAAAACUAUUAAACAUUAGCAUUUAAAACCAUUCAGAUUAAAUCCAUAAAAACAUCAAAAUAUGAAAACUACGGUAUUAUGCAUCAUUAGCAUUAAAAACAAUUCAGAUUAAAUAAAAAAAUCAAAAUAUUAAAACUAUUAUGCAUCGUUAGCAUUAAAAAUUCAGAUUAAAUGAAAAAAAUCAAAAUAUUAAAACUAUUAUGCAUCAUUAGCAUUAAAGCAAUUCAGAUUAAAUAAAAAAUCAAAAUAUUAAAACUGUUAUGCAUCAUUAGCAUUAAAAACAAUUCAGAUUAAAUCCAGAAAAACAUCAAAAUAUCAAAACUAUUAUGUAUCGUUAGCAUUAAAAACAAUGUUGAUUAAAUCCAGAAAAGCAUUUAAAAAACCACUCAGUGAUAAAACUACAAUGAUAUGCUCAACUUGCAAAGAUAUUUGUGGUUAUGUCUAUUGAAAUGUCUCUAAAACCUUGCACAAAAUUGUUCUGUAGAAUGAAUGCAGCCUGACUCCACUUUUCCAAGGCCAUGGCAUCCUGGGAGUUGUAGUUUGCCCUUUCCUUGGGCAGAAAAGGCUCCAGGCUUUGCAAAAUGAUUAUCGUGGUGAUUGCAAAGCAUUGAGCUAAAGCAGUGUAGAUGAUGCACCUUUAGGCCCGGGCAAGUCCCGCCCCCUUCCUGCCUCUGGACCAAUGGCUGCUCAGAGCUCCUCCUCUGUCCCCGCCCACUUCUGAGCCUGCGCCUUUCUAUCUGGCGAGGAAGAGGAAGGAGAAGGGAAGGAGGAAGGAGCCCAGGCAAAGAUGCCUUGAAAAAGACCGGGACGGAAACGGAUUUUUUUCGACGGAACGCCAGGUGUUGUUUCAAUCCGGAUAGCUUCCCCGUUUUCCCACCGGCCAUGUCCCGAACCUGGAUUUGAAACCCGUAGUAUUGGGAGAUCAUGGAGGCCGCCGACGUGCCGGUGGGGAAUCUCAUUGACUUUGAUUCGGAGCCGUCCUCGAUGUCCGAACCCGUCUCCAACGCGCCUCCGUCCGCCAACGGUAACGGGUUGCUGGACCCCAUGAAGGACGAGGAGGAGGAGGACGUGGCCGAAGAGGAGAGCGACGCCACGGAGUCGGCCGACAGCGAGAACGACACCACGGACUCCCCCAGACACCACAGCUGGAACAACCACCGCCGGUCCUCCUCGGAGUCCUAUUCGUCCAACCAGAGCACCGAGUCCGCCAAGGACGAGGCCACGGCCGAGCAGCGAGAGUUCAUCCGGCAAUACGUGGAGAAGCUCUUCGCCGGAGGGGAGGAGUUUGACCAGGAGGAGAAGGCCAGGUUUGGGGAGCUCUGCAGUGGGGAGAACGCCAAAGGCCGGGAGUGGUUUGCCCGAUACGUGAGCGCCCAGCGCUGCAAUUCCAAGUGCGUUUCGGAGCAGACGUUCUACCGGCUCGUUCAGUCCUUUGCAGUGGUGCUCUUUGAGUGCUUCCAAAUGGACGACUUCAGCCCAGCCAAGAACCUGAUGACCAUGUGCUUUACUUAUUAUUACAUUGGGAAGCCGCAAGCCCUGCCUCCCGAAUCCAAGGAGAAGGCGUCCGGCAGCAUGGACUCCUACCUGAAGUCGGCCAACACCUGGCUGGCGGAGAAGAAGGACAUCGCGGAGCGGCUCCUGAAGAACACCUCGGCCAAAACCGAGAACGUCAAGGGCUUCUUCGGGAGCUUCGAGAGCAAGAUGAAGGGCCCCGUCCACAAGAAAAGCGAGGAUGGCGAAGAGAAACCACGGGAAAGGAUCCAGAAGUCGUUUUCCCUGUACAGUCCUGAGGAGGAAGAGGAGAAAACGGGGGAGAAGAUUUACUUGUAUAUGCACCUCAAGCAGCAGCCCAUCUGGCACACCUUGCGGUUCUGGAACGCGGCCUUUUUCGAUGCCGUCCAUUGCGAGCGGCGGAAGCGCUCCCCCACCACCAGAGGGAAGGCUGGAGAGGAAGAGGAAACGAGGGAGAAAUGGUGCCAUAUGACCCAAGAAGAACGGGACGACAGCCUCCGCUUUAAUGAGAAUAUCACUUUCGGGCAGUUGGGGACUUUCACUCACAACAUGCUGGCUUUUGGGCUGAACAAAAAGCUUUGCAACGAUUUUCUGAAGAAACAGGCUGUGAUCGGCAACCUGGAUGAAGAGCAAUUCAAGCUGCUCAGCGACCACAUUGAAGAAAUGGCUGCCGAAUAACGGAACGACGGGGAAAGUUGAGAGAGAAAAAGAAA